GUCUCAUCUUUACAGCAAUUUUCAAAAGGGAAACAAGUUCAAAGCUAAACUGAGCUAAAAUGGAGAAGGAGAAAAGAACCUACAAAUCUCAUGUACUUGUCCUUCCUUACCCUGCGCAAGGGCACAUAAACCCUAUGUUACAGUUCUCUAAGCGGUUAGUCUCCCGAGGAGUAAAAGCCACACUAGCAAACACCAUAGCCAUAAACAAAUCUAUGCACAGAGAUCCAAACAGCCUAAUCGAUAUCCAAACCUAUUCUGAUGGAUUUGAUGAAGGUGGCUUUGGACAAGCAGAAAGCACAGAAAUUUACUUGUCAAGAUUACAAGAAGUGGGUUCAAAAACUUUUGCAGAUUUAAUAAAGAAACUUCGAGAUUCAGAUUUCCCCGUAACUGCAGUAAUAUAUGAUGGGUUCUUGACAUGGGCACUUGAUGUAGCUAAGCAGUUUGGUUUGUUCGCAGUGGUUUUUUUCACUCAGUCUUGUGCUGUUAAUAAUAUAUAUUAUCAUGUACAAAGAGGUCUUCUGCCUUUGCCAUUAAAGUCGAGUGUUUCUGUUCCUGGAUUGCCUCUGCUUCAAGUUUCAGAGACACCAUCUUUUAUAUCUAUUUGGGGAUCAUACCCAGGUUUCUCGCAUCUGUUGGUGAAUCAAUUCAGUAAUUUUGAUGAAGCGGAUUGGAUCCUUUAUAACUCCUUUUACAAAUUGGAGGAAGAGGCGGUCGAUUGGAUGGCUAAAAGGUGGCGAUUGCGGACUAUAGGACCAACCCUUCCAUCUAUGUAUUUGGACAAGAGACUUGAAGAUGAUAAACACUAUGGAAUCAAUCUCUUUGAGCCAGACACAACCGCUUGCCUUAAUUGGCUACAAGACAAGCCUAGCGGUUCAGUUGUUUAUGUCUCCUUCGGAAGCAUGGCCCAACUCGGAGCAGCACAAAUGGAGGAACUUGCUUGGGGACUUAAGGCUAGUAAUUACUACUUCUUGUGGGUUAUAAGGGCACCAGAGCAAGCUAAGCUGCCUGAAAAUUUCAAAGAAGAGACAUCAGACAAGUCUUUAGUGGUCACUUGGAGCCCACAAUUAGAGGUGCUAGCACCUGAAUCAAUUGGGUGCUUCGUUACCCAUUGUGGGUUCAAUUCAGUUCUUGAAGCUCUGAGCUUUGGAGUUCCAAUGGUGGCUAUGCCUCAAUGGACUGACCAACCCACUAAUGCUAAGUAUGUUGAGGAUGUUUGGAAGAUGGGGAUUAGAGCUAUGGCUGAUGAGAAAGGUGUUGUUAGAAGACAAGUAAUAGAGCAUUGCUUAAGACAAGUAAUGGAAGGAGAGAAAGGAAAAGAAAUUAAGGAGAAUGCAAUUAAGUGGAAGAAUUUAGCUAAAGAAGCAAUUAGUGAAGGUGGUACAUCUGACACCAAUAUUGAUGAACUUGUAGCCAAAUUAUGUGGUUGUUAAUUGUUAUUCAUGAAAUCAUUUGACUGUGGAGCGUAACUAUCACAGUUUAUCAUUUUUAUUAAUAUAAUUUUAUAUGAAGUUUAAUAAUUUCAAAUA